GAGAGCUGCGAUGGGAAGAGGUCCGCGACGGGACGAGAGUGGCCAGAGAGGAGGGCCACGACGGGAAGAGGGCCAUGACGGGAAGAGGGCCGCAAAGGGAAGAGGGCCGCAAAGGGAAGAGAGCGGCCAGAGAGGAGGGCCACGACGGGAAGAGGGCCACGACGGGAAGAGGGCCGCAAAGGGAAGAGGGCCGCAAAGGGAAGAGAGCGGCCAGAGAGGAGAGCUGCGACGGGAAGAGGGCCGCGAUGAUCAGAUGUGGCGGGGACUGUUGCGAGGAAGAAUGAGGGACGCCAUGGAGCGGGGAGCCAACGAACUCUCAGGAGGAGAGGACCGCCACCGUAGCCGUAGCUGCAUGAGACCUGAGGGAGAUUGGCAGAAUACUAGGACGCCAACUGGGCGACGGCACAGCGAGAAGUCACAGCAUUAUGGGCUGGAGGAGAGGGGAAGCUACGUGGGAAAGUAGAGGGCUGUGUUCGCGAGGCACCCCUCUUCCAUAAAAUCCCCGUCCAUAGCCUUGGAGGCCACACCGAGGACGAGCCCAGACGGGACGAGGACCGAGCCACUGUGGAGGACUUGGGGCUGGGAUUUUUAAUUCUGUUUUAUUAGAAUAAGCCGGUACAUUUUAAAUGGAGUUUGUGGUUUUUAACCUGCUCACCCCUGAUUCAAAGAACCUGGAACUUUUAAUUGAGUCCUAGGCUCUUUUAAUCCUAGGUGGUGUUGUCAGCUUUUUAUAUAUUCUUCGCUUAUUUUAAGUUGUAUUUUAAUUCUCCAAAUCUCGACACGGCCAGCACACAUUACAUGAUCACCAAAGAAACACCAAGAAAAAUAAAUGUAUGUAUGAUUCAUCUAUCCAUUA